UUUGUUUUUGGAAACAAAGAGAACCAAAUCAAGUAUAGGUUUUCACCUUUACCCUUCGAAAACCGUUUCUCGUUAGGGUUUUCUGCUCUCUCCAAUUCCACGCAGUUUCCAACUCUGGUUCAACUUCCAAAGCUCCUCAAUGAGUACCCCAAAGUUUAUCAGCUUAGAAGAAGGAUGCGAUUAUUUGCAGGAGGGUAUCACCAAGCUCCUCAACAUUCUUGAAGGUUUACCUGAACCUAAUUUCACCCCUGAGCACCACAUCAUGCUCUAUACAACUGUCUACAAUAUGUGCCGCCAAAGGGCUCCUCAGGACUAUGCCCGAAAACUAUAUGACAUGUACAAGGAAACAUGUGAAGAAUACAUUAUAUCAAAAGUUCUUCCAUCUAUGCGAGAAAAGAAAGAUGACCUUUUGUUAAGGGAACUGCUCAGAAGAUGGUCAAAUUACAUAGCUAUGACCAGGCGCCUCUCUAAAUUUUUUUGCCCACUUGAAAAACUUGAUAUUCCAAGAUUAAAACUUCCUUCUCUUGAAGAAACCAGCUUCUUAUCCUUUUAUCAUCUGGUAUAUGAAGGAAUGAAUAAAGAAAUAAUGAAUGCUGUAUUUGCUAUGGUUGAUCGGAAACGGGCAGGAGAGCAUAUUGAUCAAACAUUUGCUCUUAAGACAUUGGAUUUAUACUUAGAGAUAAAGGAAUGUACAAGAAAAGUCAAGGAAAAGGAAGAGAAAAUGAUGCAUCGCAGUCCAGAUGCUUUAUCAAAGAAAAUUAACUUGGUAAGCUCUGACGGGGUUGUGUUUGAAGUUGAUUUUGGUGUGGCACUUAUGUCAGAAAGAUUUGAGGAAAUUAUAGAGACGACUCCUGUUGGUGACGUUGAUACCGUUUCUGUUCAUGAAGUGAGUAGCAAAAUGUUGACAACGGUUAUUGAAUACUGCAAGAAGCACAACACCAGGCAGAAGUAUGUUAAUAAUUUCAAGGACUGGGAUGCUAAAUUUAUCGAUGUUGACACUAAAACUCUGCUUGAUCUUCAAACAUAUGCAAGCUACUUAAAAAUCGAUAGUCUGCGCAUGCUGACAUGGGAUAAAAAAUUUGACUUGAUAAAAGGCAUGACACGUGAGGAAAUGGCCGAGUUCUAUGCAGCUCAAGAAGAACUAUUAGUGUCUUCAGAUUUAGAAACAUACUAUUAACAGUCUAGGUAAAUGCAAAGUUCUUACUUUUCUUAUAUGAUCCUGUUUUGGAUGAACUCGAUUAUCGUACCAAAGUUUAAUUGAUGCAUAUCAUUAGAGAUAUAAGAUGUUAAUUACUAGUUAGUUAGUGCCUAUAAAUAGGUUUAAGGUAGUUAACUUGUAACCAAAGGUAGUAACAGUUAACGUUUUUCAUGUUUUG